CAUUCAGUUUCCCCUAAAAAAAAAAAGAAAAAAGAAAAGCAUUCAGUACGCUAGCCUUCGCGAAAGAAUAUGUUCCAUCACCACUUCUGCUGUUCUGCAGAUUAGAUCACCACUCAUCCUAUAAAAUCCACUCACAGCUCUGAUAGUAAGGAAGCGGAGGGUGAAGAAAAUGGCGGCGGCAUCCAGACCCUUCAAUCUAUCGUCUUCAAGUUCUCUUUCAUCUUCCUUUCAAUCUCCAAAUCUCAAAAAUCUCAAGACUUCUAAUCUCAGUUUCCUUUUGCCUCGUUCUGUUCCCAACACCGUCCCUUCUUUGACUAUCAAAGCAGCAUCUUCUUUAUCAUCGCCGGCGACCCACAAAACAGCGACUUCUGCUUCCCCGCCGGACUCUCCCGAUCGCUUCCGGGUUGACAUUUUAUCGGAAUCCCUUCCUUAUAUUCAGAAAUUCAGGGGGAAAACUAUCGUCGUCAAGUAUGGUGGUGCCGCGAUGAAAGUUCCUGAGCUUAAGGCUUCUGUGGUAAGUGACCUCGUUCUCCUUUCUUGCGUUGGUCUCCGUCCUGUGCUUGUCCACGGGGGUGGGCCAGAGAUUAACCACUGGCUCAAACUUCUCAAUAUUGAACCUCUCUUCCACGAGGGUCUUCGGGUCACUGACGCUAAGACCAUGGAGAUUGUGUCUAUGGUCUUAGUUGGUAAGGUUAAUAAGGAUUUAGUAUCUCUAAUUAAUAAAGCAGGGGCCACCGCGGUUGGUCUCUCCGGUAUGGACGGCCGCCUUCUUAUGGCUCGACCCACCCCUAAUUCCGCUCAAUUGGGCUUUGUCGGAGAAGUCACCCGAGUUGAUUCCACUAUCCUACAGCCGCUUAUCGAUAACAGCCACAUUCCCGUGAUUGCAUCUGUGGCGGCGGAUGAGUCCGGCCAAUCAUACAACAUCAAUGCUGAUACGGUGGCAGGGGAAUUGGCAGCGGCUUUGGGAGCGGAGAAGUUGAUUUUGUUGACGGAUGUGGCGGGGAUAUUGGAGAAUAAAGAUGAUCCAAAGAGUUUGGUAAAGGAGAUUGAUAUAAAGGGAGUGAAAAAAUUAAUUGAAGAAAAGAAAGUUGCUGGUGGAAUGAUUCCUAAGGUGAAUUGUUGUGUACGGUCACUUGCUCAAGGAGUGAGGACUGCUAGUAUUAUUGAUGGUAGAGUUGAACAUUCUUUGCUUCAUGAGAUUAUGUCAGAGGAAGGUAUUGGAACCAUGAUUACUGGGUAACAUGUAGUCUUUCUGUUUUCUGUUGUAAUUUUUCUGAUGUUGUUAUUGCAUGUACUUUGACUGAUCAGAGGAAUGAAUUACUAUUUAAUAUUCUCAAUUUUGAAUAUAUUAGUAUAUUCCACUCUUUCUUUA